AUGUCGUCGCCGCCAUCGACGGCCUCCGACGCAAUGCUGAAUUCGACCUCAUCCACCUCUGGAAGCGAGAAAUACGAAGACGCCUUGGACGAUGGCAUGACCAGCACGCCCAAGACGGAGACGUCCAGCAGCAGCAGGCCCGAGUCGCGGGUCAGAAACGACGAUGCACGAUCCAGCCAGGAAAGCGUGUCGCCAGUCAAAUCCCGCCACAGCCGUAUUAUGUCAGGCACAGAGCUGUCGCCGCUCAGGAUUGUGGAGAGCCAGCGCAGCUCAUUGGACGGUGCGCUGCUCAAGGCAAGUGGAGGUGUGCGCAGCCCUCGCAAAGUGUCGCCCGAUCGCCGGUUUCCUGUUAAGAUCAACAUCGGCGGCAACACCAUAUCGCGGGUCGCCAACGAGCAGUCGCCCAGCAUCGACGAGGUGGUUUCCGACAGCGACGGCUUCAAGCGGCCAGUGUCUCUUUUCGACGACCGGCGGCGCAGAGGCAUCCAGGAGGAAGACGAGGAGGCGGCGAACCACAGCCAGGCGGGCGACUCUACGAUUGGCAUGGAGGACGUCGAGACGCACCACCGCGGCGACGCGACCGCCGGCGACGAGGAUUUCACCAUGGACGUCAGCACCUUUAGCAGCUUCUCGGCGGUGCCCAACAUGGCGAUGCUGGCCAAGCUUGGCCGGACGCCGACGGGCAAGAGAGGCGCCCAUGCGAUGGACGAUGACAACUUGAACGAGCGCCCAAGCCGCUCGCAUAGGUCUUCGAUUUCCUCUAGACGCGACAUCUUGUCGCCUUCGCGGACCACGCCCAAUCUGCCGUUGACGGCGACACCCAGCGGCAAGCUCUCCAGUCUCAUUGACCUUGACACGCCUAGAAACGUGCCUUCCAUCACGGCUCGAGAGCUGGAAUCUCUCAAGUCCAACUUUUUAUCUGAAAUAUCCUCGCUCAAGGCUUCGCUAAGUGGCAAAGAGGCUGAGGUGCAGUCUCUCAAGACAGCCGUCGUGGAUGCCGAGAAGAGGGUCGGCCAAACGAUGGAGAAGAUGCGCGAGGAGCGUUCCCUGAAGGAGGAGAUGGAGAAUGUUCUCCGGAUUGUGAGAGAGGAGAUUAUCGAGACUCAGAGAGAAAAGGACGAAUUGGAGCAGCAGCUGGACGAAAGUGAGAAGAGAAGAGAGAUGUCGGAAAUGAUGCACCAGGAGGCCGAAAGCAAGCUGGCCGGCAUGCGUGCUGGCAGAGACAUGGAGAAGAAUGCAUCGCCCGAAAAGCCUUCCAGCAACACGCGUGAGGUGGAGAUGGCCGUUGAGCGGGUGGCACGCGAGCUGCACACCCUGUACAAGAGCAAGCACGAAACCAAGGUUGCUGCGCUGAAGAAGUCAUACGAAAACCGAUGGGAGAAGAAGGUACGAGAGCUCGAGGUCAAGAUCCAAGGGCUGACUGAGGAGAAUGAAAAGCUCAAGUCUGGUGGCGACGUGACCAUGACCAAGUUUGACGCUGUUGAGAUGGAGGAGUUGAAGCAACAAUCCGUGCGAGACCACGCGACCAUGAGGGAGAUUGAGGCAGACGUUCAGCGGCUGGAGGCUAUUGUCUCGACAAUGCGAGCGGACAAUGACGAGCUGCGCAUCAACUUGCAGCAGGAGAGAGUCGAGAAGGGAGAGCUGGUCCAGCUGGCGGAGGAGCUCAUGGCCAUGCAGACGCAGCAGGCGCCGGCACCAGCACCAGCACCGCCGCGUCAACCCUCUCCACCGCAGCCUGCACCCCAGCGAGAGAUGCGGUCGCCGCCGCCCCGAGAGAUGCGAUCACCGCCACCGCGAGAAAUACGAUCGCCACCGCCGCAGGUGCGCCAGCCAACCAUUGGACGGGCAGACUCGGUCAAGGGACCGAAAGCCAACCCCGCGAACCGCCUCUCCGGACUCCGUGCCCCUGGGACGAUGCUUCGACAGCCGCAUGAGCGGGGAAAGGGCAGCGUGGGAGGAUUGCCCAGACCGAAUGGCGCGAGGAACAGUGGCAUCUUGAGCAAUAUUGAGAAGAUGGGUUACAGGGGACAGUAA